UCUAAAAGCAAAGAAUUUAUUUGAAUGUAUCUUGCGGGAGUUUCGGGAGAAUCAGAAGGUUGAUCUCGCAAGCAACGUACUUCGUGAUUCUGAACAUCAAAAGCAGCAGCCCCACUAAUAUACACAAGGUUGCGGUCAAAGCAAAGGAUGAAGUGUGAAUCCGAAUACCUUCACUUGGUAACGUUCUUUAUAAAUUCCACCUUCAUGAUGGGAUGGUCUACACCAAAAGCAAACUACGCUGACCAGGCUUAAAAGAACUUCCGAGUUCCUUGGAAAUCGAGGGAUCAAUAGCCUAAUAAGGUCCCUUACACUAUACUUUUUUGACAAGAGGUUAAGUAUUUAUAGGUAAAAAUGUCCGAUUGGGGUCCGGUGUUUGUGGCGGUGGUGUUGUUCGUCCUGUUAACGCCAGGUCUGCUGGUUCAGAUGCCGGGUCGCAACCGAUUUGUUGAGUUUAGCAACUUUCAGACGAGUGGAGUGUCGAUAUUGGUUCACUCACUUAUCUACUUCGUCCUCAUUUGCAUCUUCUUAUUAGCCAUUGGGAUCCAUAUGUACAUGGUGUGGGUUUACGUCUUGUGCUCACAAAUAGAUCCAAAAUUCUUAGUGAGUAGUGUCCUUGUCAUACGUACAAUACACAUACUAAUAACUAGACGUUUCCACUUUCCACUCUCUUUCUUUCUUGGCAGCGUUCUCCAUAAGCUACACUACACUUCUUUUGCUUCUCACUUCUUUUUUCUUCUCACCAGAAAUAAAUUAAAUAGCUCUGUGUUAAUGGCGGACUGGGGACCAGUGCUUAUCGGAGUGGUACUCUUCAUACUGCUGCAGCCUGGGCUUCUGUUUCAGAUACCUGGUAAUAACCGUACUCUGGAAUUUGGGAGCAUGAAGACUAAUGGAAAGGCUAUUGCUGUUCAUACUCUUAUUUUCUUUACCCUCUAUGCUAUUCUCAUUCUUGCUGUUCAUGUUCACAUCUAUACUGGCUGAUUUCCAGAUCUUCUCCAAAUAACCCCUUUUAUGCCUACCAUUUUUCACUAAUCGAAGUUGUAAGCCCUUUUCUUACUCAAGUUAAGAUCUGUUUUUUUUUGUAAUUUUGUUUUCAAGAAGAAAGAUUCAGUCUUUGAAAUGAAUUGCUCGCGUUCUAUUUAA